AUGUGACACUAGAACAGAGAUAACGAUCAGUUCGCGACGUUGUCAAAUUGACAGUUCAUGAAUUAAUAUCAUUGAUUGAGUUAGCCACGGUGUUCAGUUGUUAACAAAAUUAACUUAAAAUGGCAACAAAAAAGGAAAAAGUCGGCAUUAUUGGAAGUGGUCUGAUUGGACGCAGCUUUGCUAUGCUUUUUGCCGCCGCCGAGUAUGAAGUAUGGUUGUACGAUAUUGAGAAAUCUCAGCUCUCCGGAGCUUUGGAAGAUAUUAAAGCUCAACUGAAAGAUCUUGACAGUCUUCAACUUUUACGCGGAUCACUCACUGCAGAGGAACAGUUUAAUAAUAUAAAUACAACCGAUAAUAUUGAACAGUGUGUUAAAGACGCAAUCUUUGUGCACGAGUGUGCUCCAGAGCGUAUUGAACUAAAGACUUCCAUUUAUGCUAAGAUAGAUAAAAUGCUGAGUGACACCUGUAUACUAGCGACAUCUGCAAGUGCUCUCCUUCCGUCCAAACUGGCAGUUAAUAUCCAGCACAAAAACCGAUUCAUCGUGGCACAUCCGACGAAUCCGCCAUUUUAUGCACCAUUAGUAGAACUUGUACCAAGCCCAUGGGCAGACCCAGACGUGGUUCCGAAAACAAAAGCUAUUAUGGAAAAGCUUGGCCAGGUACCAGUGAUAUUGAAAAAGGAAAUAGACGGAUUUGUCCUCAACCGAAUCCAGUAUGCUAUAUUCAAGGAAAGUUGGAGACUUAUUAAAGACGGAAUAAUUGACGUCGAAGGCCUGGAUAAGGUCAUGAGUGCAGGACUAGGACGUAGAUAUGCUUUUAUUGGACCUAUUGAAACUGCCUACCUCAAUGCCGACGGGAUGUACAGUUACGCAGACCGGUAUGCGACUAUGAUUGAAGGUAUAAUGGCAACAUUCCGGGAACCAGACAGUUUUUCAGGACCAGUUCUUGAUCAAAUACAGUCUGAAAUGGAACAAAUGGUUCCCAUGGAUAGUCUGCAAGCCCGCAGAAAUUGGCGGGACAAACGACUUGCAGCCCUAGCUCAGUUACAGAAGAGAAUGGACGAUGCUGAAGGGAAGAAAUAGCAUUACAUGAACUUCGCUUUGCUUCACCAAAUUUUACGAAAUUCAAUAAAAAUUAAAAUUAGAA